UUCCUAUAUCAGGAAUAGGAAACCGACAAGACAAGGGAGGCGAAGCAGAAGGGCCGUAGCUGCCUUCUCGAGAGCGCAAUAACGAAUAAGACCAACUCCGGAGGAGGCAGCCGAGAAGCCUGAUUCGUUCCCUCGCCCCGUCCCUUUCCUCUCCCAUCGUCACUCUCGUUGUGGAGGAGGGGAAGAAGAAGAAGAAGAAGAAGAAGAAGAAGAAGAAGAAGAGGGACAUGGGGAAGAAGAAAGGAAAAGGAGGAGAGCAGCAGUCGUCGAGCGUCGUCACCGAGGCCACCCGAGUUCGUAUCGGCAAAGUGCUCGAGGAGUUCCGGACAUCCGAAGCUGAAGUGUACACUUUCGAAUCAGGUUUGUCAAAACAAGAACGAGCUGCAAUUCACGAAAUGUGCAGAAAAAUGGGAAUGAUAUCAAAAAGUUCUGGGUAUGGAGAAAGAAGACGUCUUUCUGUAUACAAAAGUAAAAAGAAAAAUGGAUCCAUUAAGAAGGAAGAAGAAAUGAUCACUUGCUUGCAAUUUUCGGAAGAGGUGAAAGAAGUUCUACAAGAUCUUUUUUUGCGUUAUCCUCCUGAUGAUGUAGAGAAGAGAGAAGAUGCAGUGAACAACUCAAGUGUCAAAGUUGGUAAGGGACAGUGGAAGCAAGAUUCUAGUUUUUGCAAACCAGCAAUGCGGAAGUCGGAUAUUGCAAAAAAGGUGGAGCAGCUAGCUUCCAGAAUAAAUAAUUCAUCACAGUUGAGAAAGAUUGUGGAAGAUAGAGCUAAACUUCCAAUUGCGUCCUUCAAGGAUGGCAUAACAUCAACACUGGAAACUAACCAGGUUGUGCUUAUAUCUGGUGAGACUGGCUGCGGUAAAACCACUCAGGUCCCUCAGUAUCUCUUGGAUUAUAUGUGGGAUAAAGGUGAGGCAUGUAAAAUUAUAUGCACACAACCCAGGCGCAUAUCAGCUAUUUCAGUUGCGGAAAGAAUCUCUUAUGAGAGGGGGGAAACUGUUGGAGAAACUGUUGGAUAUAAGAUUCGUUUGGAGUCCAAGGGUGGGAAGCAGUCAUCAAUAAUGUUCUGCACAAACGGAGUACUUUUAAGAUUGCUUAUUAGCAGAGGCUCAAACUUGUCAAGUGCAGAAGCUGGAAGAAGGCAGAUGGAGGAUUGUUUCCAAGGAAUAACCCAUGUUAUUGUGGAUGAAAUUCAUGAAAGAGACAGAUUUUCUGAUUUUAUGCUGGCAAUUAUCAGAGAUUUGCUGCCCUCAUAUCCACAUAUGAGAUUGGUGCUCAUGAGUGCCACCAUUGAUGCUGAGCGAUUUUCCAACUACUUCAAUGGAUGCCCGAUUAUUCAAGUCCCUGGUUUCACAUAUCCUGUCAAGAUUUUUUAUUUGGAGGAUGUGCUAACCAUCUUGAAAUCCGUGGAUGGUAAUCAUUUAAAUCACGUGGCAGUGGAUGAAUCUCAGGAAUCUAGUCCCUUGACUGAAGAAUAUAAAGAUGACCUGGAUGAAGCAAUCAAUCUGGCUUUAGCUAAUGAUGAAUUUGAUCCUUUGCUUGAACUGAUUUCUACUGAGCAAACACCUGGAAUUUAUAACUACAAGCAUUCCUUGACUGGUAUAUCACCCUUAAUGGUAUUUGCUGGAAAGGGUAGAGUUGGUGAUGUCUGCAUGCUUCUGUCUUUUGGUGCUGAUUGUUCUUUAUACGACAAUGAUGGAGGGUCUGCAUUAGAUUGGGCUCAGCGUGGGAAUCAACUCCAGGUAUAUGAAAUUAUUAAAAAACAUAUGCAGAAAGAUAUAUCAAAAUCAGCAGAAGAGGAGGAACUACUUAACGAGUACCUUGCAAGUAUUAAUCCAGAACAUAUUGAUACUGUCCUGAUAGAACGGCUAUUAAGGAAAAUAUGCAAUGAUUCUGCAGAAGGAGCUAUUCUUGUCUUUCUUCCUGGGUGGGAUGACAUAAAUCAAACCAAAGAGAGGCUGGUUGCUUCACCGUAUUUUCGAGAUCAAUCAAAGUUUUUGAUAUUCUCUCUCCAUUCUAUGAUUCCAUCUGCAGAGCAAAAGAAGGUUUUUAAACGCCCACCUGCUGGUGCUCGUAAAAUCAUUUUGUCAACCAACAUUGCAGAGACUGCUGUUACCAUUGAUGAUGUUGUAUAUGUCAUAGAUAGUGGCAGAAUGAAAGAAAAAAGUUAUGAUCCGUAUAACAAUGUAUCUACACUUCAUUCUUCUUGGGUAUCAAAAGCUAGUGCAAGACAGCGUGAGGGACGUGCUGGUCGUUGUCAACCAGGAACCUGCUACCAUCUUUACUCCAAAUUUCGAGCAGCAUCUUUGCCAGAUUAUCAAGUUCCCGAGAUAAAGAGAAUGCCUAUUGAGGAACUCUGUUUGCAGGUAAAAUUACUUGAUCCCAGCUGUAGAGUAGCAGACUUUUUACAUAAAACAUUGGAUCCUCCUGUUCCUGAAACUGUUCGCAAUGCACUCAUUGUUCUUCAAGACAUUGGUGCUUUGACACAUGAUGAAAGACUUACUGAUCUUGGAAAGAAGCUGGGUUCUCUUCCUGUUCAUCCAUCGACUAGCAAGAUGCUUCUAUUUGCAAUUUUAAUGAAUUGCUUGGACCCUGCAUUGACUCUAGCAUGUGCGUCUGAUUACCGAGAACCUUUCAUUCUCCCAAUGGCUCCAGAUGGGAGGAAGAAGGCUGCUAUCGCAAAACUUGAACUUGCUUCUCUCUAUGGUGGAUAUAGUGAUCAGCUAGCUGUUGUAGCAGCAUUUGAUUGUUGGAGGAAGGCAAAAGAUAGAGGUCAAGAGUCACAGUUUUGUUCUAGGUAUUUUGUCUCAUCAAGCACAAUGAAUAUGCUAUGUAGCAUGCGGAAGCAGCUUCAAAAUGAGCUGGCAAAAAAUGGCUUCAUUCCAGCGGAUAUGUCCAGUUGUAGCUUAAAUGCUCAUGAUCCAGGUAUUCUGCGGGCAGUGCUCAUGGCUGGUAGUUAUCCAAUGGUGGGAAGAUUGCUUCCACGUCGAAAGAAUGAUAAAAGAGCUAUAGUGGAGACGCCUAGUGGUGCCAAAGUUCGCUUGCAUCCUCAUUCUUCUAACUUUAAUUUGUCAUUUGGUAAGGCGGCUGGCUGCCCACUUAUUAUUUAUGAUGAAAUUACUCGAGGAGAUGGGGGGAUGUACAUAAAGAAUUGCUCUCUCAUUGGUCCUUAUCCAUUGUUGUUGCUUGCAAUGGAAAUGGUUGUUGCUCCUGGAAAUGAAAAUGAUGAUGAAAGUGAUGAUGAUCUAGAUGGUUCUAGUCUUGAGGAAGAUGAGAUGGAGACAACAAUAUCGCCUGGACAAUGUGGAGAAGAAAUUAUGUCUUCCCCCGACAAUAAUGUUUCAGUUGUUGUUGAUCGAUGGCUGAGAUUUGAAUCAACAGCCCUUGAUGUUGCUCAGAUAUACUGCUUACGGGAGCGUCUGUCUGCCUCUAUCUUGUUUAAGGUAAAGUAUCCACAGGCAGUUCUGCCACCUGCAUUGGGAACGUCGAUGUAUGCCAUUGCCUGCAUUCUUUCUUAUGAUGGACUACCCAGUGUACUUGCUGAUGCUGUGCUAGAACCUCAACCAUCAGGCAGAGAUGCGGCUGACCCAGGUAGACCUUUUCAGGGAAGAAGAUUAAUGGGCUUCAUUCCGCCUGGGGGAUUUCUGAGAUCUUUAAUUUCAGACAAAGUCCAGGGUUCUCCCUCCCGCAAAGACAGGAAAGCCAACCUUAUCAGUCCUGUAUCAGCACAUUCAAUCUCCCAUUCACCAGUCAGGUCUCCUUUUCCUGGUCCAGGUUCUGGUAGCGCUGCACCAAGGAUAAGAUCCUUUAAGAGGCGACGCUAAGAGCUACUAUUUUGUCUGCCAUCAUUUGUCAACUUUAAUGAUCACCCUUGAGUUCUCAUUUAAUGGGUAAUAUUGGAUGAUCAUUCCGAACAGAGCUUACAGGAAAUAGUUGCUGCUUGGGGGGCUUAUGAAAGUGCAGGUACGCAAAAUGGCCGAAAGCUGACUGCUUUAAGCUGCCAGCACAGCUGCUGAAUUUGGACUGUGCUUUUGGGGUUUCACGUCAAUGGAAUCUAUGGUCUCGUAUACAUCUAACUGGUGAAUCUUCCUUGUGCUCAGAAUCAUCAAAGACAUUUUCUAUGGUAGCAAUAUCGGCGAGUUCUGUUAUUUUGAGAAAACACUGGCAUCCUUAACAGAGCAUGUUGUCCGUAGGAAAUGAUCCAUAUUUAUUUGGAAGAGGAAAAGGACAGUUGUGCAAAUGGAACCACAAUAAGUUGUAGUUUAGACUAGUCAGUUGAAGAAUUUGAUUUUUCUGUCACGGAUGCGUCCUAAUAUUUCUUCUAAUGAUUUAGUGCCCUUGUAUUCACAUGCCCUUAUGCUGGUAAUGAAGCUAUUUUAUACUACUGAUAUUUUUA